AUGGAAUCUGCCCUGGCCUCCCCUCCGGGGUCUGGAGUAACGGAGCCUUCUGCGACUUCUGAUACUCGUUCUGAUACCAAGACGCCUCCUGUCGACGUCCCAUCUGCAACGUCUGCUACAACCUCUUUUGUCCCUGCCGAUAACUCUAUUCCACUAUCCUCACCAUCAGCCCACCCGCUUCAAAUCGAAAAAGAACUGCAUCCACCUUCUCCGAAAUCCUCUCCCGCACACGCUCGAUCUCAGACGGUAGACGUUCUACCCGGCUCGUCCUCGGUCUCCGGCUCUGUUGCGUCGCCUUCCAGUUCCGUCCAGUCUCCCAUCGGAGGUCCAAUUAAGCGCAAACCUCUUUCAUCAUCGGCAUCAGCAUUGGCAUUGCGAUACUCUGCGUCGGGAUCUCCCUUGCCGUCACCUCUGAAUCUUGGAAAGCCGAGCCAGAGAUUCGCGAGACCUUGUUCAGUUGACAGCCCGACCCUCUACGAAUUCUCUCCUGCGCAACGCGCCGCACCACCAGCUGCCCCAGCUCCCGACGCCAACCUGGCGUCCCUUGCCGCGACAACCCCUGGAUCCCAAAAUAUUCCAGGACACAGCCCUACCAUCUCAAGUUCAGAUUUCUCUGACGUCCUGGAUGGGUAUGAUGAUUUGAUCUCAGACUCGAAAUCAGAUUCUACACCAGACAUUACCUCUGAGACCAUCCUUGAUGGGAGCGAUAGCGACGACGACAAGGGCCAAAAGAGUUUAUCAAUCGACAAAGAAACUGCCAUUGUUCCUAAACCCGCCGAGCCAACGGACCGCUCUGAAACAGAGGUUCAAGGAACUCGAUCACCUGCAUCUGACGAUACUAUAUCAGACCAGACUCUCGCUCCCGCCCCCAUGUUUGUUCCAAAGCCAACGCCACCACAUCUCAAACUCGACAAGGUCACAAUUGACGUUGCGAACUACGACACAUCACCGGAUGAACCAAACUCCCCCUCAGGUCAAGGAACACCACAGCUAAACAAGCCAUUACCCAAGUCGCCGAGCCAGAAUUCGCCAUUUGCUUCUCUGUUCCACUGGGCAGCACCAUCGCCAUCUCCCUCUGCGACGGAAUUCUCGUCCACAUCAUCGCCAAUCUCCCCCUCGAAACGCGGCGUGGCCAAUGAUACCCCCUAUUCUACGUCCCCUACUUACGCGCAAAUCGACGAAAUGGAAGAUGAAUUGAAGGCCAUUAGUGCCGAGCUGGCAAGCUCAAUCCGGCGCGAGAUGGAUCUGGAAGACCUAGUAGAUCGACUCCAGGAACAAGUCAACAACCCUCAAGCUCCUGGUAAGAGGUCAAGCGAUUAUUACUCCGACUCGGGUUAUAGUUCGGCAAAGAUGAGUGAAGCCGAGCCGAGUCGAGAGGAACUUGAGAAAAUUCAAAGGAGGGCCGAACAAGAGAAGGCUUCCAUAAGAUUAGAGCUCACGAAUAAGCUCCAGGAUGAAAGGGGGAAACGAAAAGCGCUCGACCACCAGAUCAAAGAGCUUGCCGAAAAGGCUUCGCAAAUCGACCAGGCGCAAUUAAACAACCAAGAUGCCAGUGGUCGACUCAAGGAUCUCGAAACUACUUGUGGCGAUCUCAGGAGGCGACUAUCUGAGGAGCGUGUUGUCAAGAACAACUUUGAGGACCUCAUCAACGCCAUCAGGGGAGAGCUCCACGAAGCGACCAGUGAGCGAGAUAACCUUCGAGACGAAGUCGUCCCUCAGCUCAGGGCGCGUGUCGAGGGCCUCGAGAUAGAGGCUGCUGAAUAUUCAAACUUGACCUAUGAGUCCUCCAAAAUGCAGCAAGAGCUUCAUAUGCUCAGGAAAGAAUACGACAACUUGCGAGGCUCGUCGAGGUCCGGGUCUCCGACGCCUUCAAUGAACCGCAUGUCUCGCGCUAUGUCUGGCGGUUUCGGUGGCGGCCUUGCCCGAUCAAACUCGGUUGCGACAGGCUCGUUCCGUGGCCAACGACCCUCUGGCCUAUCACGGUCUAACAGUGUUAAGAACGUACAGAACGAGUCCAGAGAGGCCCUUUCUGAGCGCCUAAAAGAUGUCGAGGCCCAAAGAGACGCCCUACACAAAGCACUGAAAAAUCUACUUGACCGCCAAGAGUUUCAGAACCGCGAGAACGAAAAGAAAAUCAGGAUGCUACAGAACGAACGAGAGAGGCUACUCUCAGCAUCCCCAAGGAAGGCUGGAUUUGAAAGAGAAAUCUCAAACUUGCGCACAGAGAUCAAUGUUCUUCGUCGCCGAGCUGAAGAUGCGCUUGAGCAGAAGUGGCAGGUUGAAAGCGGCCUUGGCGGACUGAAGAUGGAUUUGGAUAAGGCUGAAGAGGAAAUUUCCUUGCUUCGCAACCUGCUCGAGGAAAAGGACAUCCUUAUUCCCGAAUCUUUCGCACGCUCAAGUGGCUCCAGUAAUGCAAGCAGCUCCUUUGGUAACCUGAGUGCGCCAGUUACAUCUGAGUCGCUUGCCAAGGCUUACAAUGAGCUCAAGGCUGCCUAUGCUGAAUCACUCGAGAGAAUCAAGCAGCUCGAGCAUGAGACAGUUGGUGAUGAGAAGACUCAGCUUGCUGUCGAGCGAUUAGAGCGCACUCUGUCCAUUGCAGUUUCUGAACGCGAUGCCGCCCAACACGAAGUUGAGAAUCUAAAAAAUCAGUAUGAUACAAUGAGCGAAUAUGAGGUCAAGACAAUCGAAAGCGAGCGCGCUCUUGCUGACGAGCUUAAUGACUCUGCUCGUCGGGUUGGAGAGCUCGCAACCCAGGUUCAACAACAACUAGCUGCAAAUGCCCAGCUCCGAGAGCGUCUCUCUAACGCUGUCGUGCGAGGCGACAACGAUCGCAAGGCUAACUCGGAUCGGAUCGCUGACCUGCAAGUCCGCCUCAAGUCUAUGGAGGAGCAGCUGAUCGCUGCUCAGUCAGCAUCUGAAGAUCGUGUCAACCGUCACGAGGAGGAGAUUGCUGCUAUUCGCGAGGCGCAUAAUGCCCAGCUCCAGCGGAUGAGCAACAACACCGGACUCAGCGGCCCCCGCUCACCCAACUUUCAGGCUAACCGCAAGCCUUCGCUCCUCAGCCCCCUAUCACCACGAUUCCCCGGCGCUCUACGAUCCCCUCGUUUGCCCGAGAAGUCUUUUGAGGACGCCGCUCAGAUGGAGGUGCUUCGCAACCGCAUUACUGAGUUGGAGAAGGCACUCGAGGAUGCCGAGCAGGAGAUGCAGGACGUCGUGGCUAGGAUGAGCACUGCUCAGAUCGAGGUGCUCAACCUCCAAGAUGAGCGAGAGGCCGCAGUCCGCGAGACCCGACGCCUGCAGAAGCUUCUGGAGCAGGAGCAGAUGAAAUCCUUCGAGGAUAGGUUUAAGACGCUUAGUGGCAGCGCCUGA